AUGGAAUCUUUUGACGCUCUUCCUUUAGCUGCUUUAAUGAAUCAACAAUUUUUGUGCGUACAUGGAGGUCUCUCACCCGAAAUUCAUACUCUUGACGAUAUAAAGAAGUUGGAUCGCUUUAAAGAGCCACCAGCUUUUGGGCCAAUGUGUGAUCUUUUAUGGUCUGACCCACUCGAGGAUUUUGGUAAUGAGCGAAAUUCAGAACAAUUCUCUCACAAUUCCGUACGUGGGUGCUCAUACUUCUACAGUUAUUCUGCUUGUUGCGAUUUUCUUCAACAUAAUAAUCUCCUCUCAAUCAUUCGUGCACAUGAAGCACAGGAUGCCGGAUAUAGAAUGUACAGAAAGUCGCAAGCCACCGGAUUUCCGUCGCUUAUAACUAUUUUCAGUGCUCCCAACUAUUUGGAUGUAUACAAUAAUAAAGCUGCCAUCCUCAAGUACGAGAACAAUGUUAUGAACAUACGUCAAUUCAACUGUUCUCCUCAUCCUUACUGGCUGCCUAACUUUAUGGACGUAUUUACAUGGUCUUUGCCAUUUGUCGGGGAGAAAGGUUCGUUUAAUCGUUGUUUGAAUAGAUGUGAUUUUUUAAAUUACUUUUCUUCCAUUUCAGUAACAGAAAUGCUUGUACAUAUUCUAAACAUUUGUUCUGACGAUGAGUUGAUGGCUGAAGGAGAUGAUACAUUCGAAGGUUGGUACAGGCCUAUUAUUUAA